CCCCAUGAUGGAUGCUGGAAAAACAAUACGUCUACUUGGCAAGUUACAGUGGGGAAAACUAGGAAAAUAUUAAAUCACAUGAGAUUUCAUGUAAUCAUGAAUGCUUCUGGGAUGACAGUUCAAACUAAUGUACUGCAUUUUCUGUUUUCCAGGUAAACAGUUGAAAAAAAUACCAUCACAACUGAGGAAAUUUUCACUUCAUAUAUUUCUUUCAUUGGCAUACACGUGGUGCUUCAGAUUAGGAAACCAUGAGCUGGUUUUCUCAAAUUCUGGAAAACUGGAUCAGUUUUUCUUAUUUGGAAGAAUAUUGGACCUCAGUGGUUCACCCUUUGUGGUUACUUAAGCUUCUGAUUUUAAUUUAUUCACCAUUCAUAUGUACAGUUUUGUCUCUCUGGGCUCUCUCAUUUGUGUUACAUAUUUACAAGAAGAUGAAUAACCAGCAAGAAAGUGAUGUUAGCAAAUUUUGGGAGAAACCAAGGAAAAUUAUUGCUCAAGUUUGUGAUAUAACUGGAAAGAUAUGGUAUGGUUAUGAAGUUAUUGGCAUGGAACAUCUCCGUAAAGGACCAGGGAUUAUUGUUUAUUAUCACUCAGUCAUUGCUAUUGACUAUUCCUUUCUUGUCGCUAAACUUUUUAAGGAGGCACAGAGAGAGUGCUUUUCAGUCAUUCAUAGAGGCGUAUAUCGGCUACCAGGGCUGAAGAUACUUUUUAAUUCCAUCAAUUUGAAAGAUUUCAAUAAAGCUGAAUGUGUGGAAAUUUUGAAGAAAGGCCAUUUACUGGGCACUCCCCCUGGUGGAAGUAGAGAAGCAAACUUCAGUACUGACUACAACAUAAUGUGGGGUAACAGCACAGGUUUCGCUCGGGUAGCUUUGGAGGCAAAAGUGCCCAUCAUCCCUAUGUUUACCAAAAACGCUUGUGAAACAUUCAGGAACAUUGGAAAGUCAAGGUUGACAAGAUGGUUAUAUGAGAAAACAGGACGUAUCUACCUUCCCAUAUAUGGGCCAUUUCCAGUGAAACUGAGGACAUAUAUUGGAGAACCCAUCCCAUAUGAUCCAAAUAUAACAGCUGCAGAGCUGGCUGAAAAAGCAAAGACUGCAAUUGAAAAUCUUCGGGAUAAAUACCAAAAAAGACCAGGAAAUAUCUUAAGAGCGCUUUCAGAACGAUUUGAUAAGCAUUACAAAGUUAACUAGUCCAUAUAAAACAGUUGCAGUGUUUCUGACAAGAUGUCUGUUAUAGGAAGCAUUAAUAAUUAUGUUAUUAAAGCUAAGCUGAUAUAC